GUAAGAAGGCUCUCGGCUGCUUGAAGGCACCGUGCAAAGGAGAAGCCACCGUCACGCGUUAAUCGCAAUGGCGCACACGCGGCUCGCAGUGGUGCAUGCGCAGCUCGUAGUGGUGCACGCACAACUCGCAAUGGUGCAAACGCAGCUCGCAAUGGUGCACAGCUUUGGCAUGCUCAUCGACAGUCCGUCCAGUGACACGUUUCAUUGCCCCUUGUUCGCCGGUGUAAAAGGCCGAGCUGCGGUGAAGGCGAAGGACAACCAUCGAGCACCCCAUUGGGAGGGCGCCCCGCAAACGGAGAUGGCAUCGAAAGAUGUGGUCGUCAAGGCGCCGGACCAUCCAGGCUUUCGGCACARCAGCUGCUGYCGCUGCUGCGUCGCACUGUUGUUGUGGCAUGUGAGCAAGGGUUCGUGUCCCGCUGCACGUGUUGCGGCCGCAGUUGCUGGCGCAUCUGUCCCAAUGUCCGUCAGUCUUGCUGUGGUUCCUCUGAUGCUGGGUCCCUCUGCUGGGUCCCUACCUUUGCURGCCCUCCCGAUGGUGYGKCRUCGUCAAGGCGCCAGACCACCGGAUGGUCCGKCGUCGUCGAGGCGCYAGACCAWCGGAUGGUAUGCCCCCGUCGAGGCGGCAGACCAUYAGAUGGUCCGKCGUCGUCUCGGCGCCAGACCAUACAUGGUGCGACGUCACAAGCUGCAGGCAAUGGGCCAAGCYGUUUUGYGAACUGYYGUCUCUGUGAGCUCGCCAAAGACGGUGSGCAAGAGUUGUGGGGAACCGAAAACAUCUGCCCGUAUAAGCAAAAGUGGGGCCGCAUCGACACAGGCAAAGAGCGUGAGCAAAUCAGCUUGUCUGCUCCGGCCGAAGGGUGUGUCUCCGACGCAGGCACCAUCACAUGCAGAAUAUGCGGCACACGUUUCUUUGACUCCGCCUGGUGGGGCCACUGACCAUGAGGAUGACGACGAAAACACAGAGGAGGACUCGCGCUUUUUCAACUCAGACGGUGGGCGGUGGCCCGAUGGCAAUGAUGYGAAAGACACGGAAGGGGACGAAGACGAACARCGGUUCCGMGAYGGUGCACACGAUGAAGAGGGACACUUGGAGGAURGCUUCGCCRAAGGCGAUGGUAGUGAAGGCCAAGAGGAUGGUGGUCACGAAGGCGAUGGGAGUGAAGAAGAASAAAAUGAGGAAGCGAGUGACGAGGACGUCGCAGAACGGGAAGACAGCUACGAAGGGGGGAGCGAAGGAGAUGAGGGUGGGGCGGACGUAGGAACAACGUGGGACUUGCUGCGCUCAGGACGCCAUGUCGUCGCAUGUGAUGGUUCCUCAAACCUGAUGGAGUACUCCACUUUGUUUAUCGAUCGCCACGUCCACAAUCCAGAUAACAGGUGUCACUUUGAACGGUCGAAACCUCAACAUCGUGCAGACCGAGACAUGUUCCUGAAGCUCGGCAAGAAGAGGGACUCUCUGUGGAGCUAUCUUUUUUGCAUUGCACCUGCAACACCAACAGAUACAGAUUAUCUGCACCGUAAGGUGAUAGCGAUCCAGCAUCUACAAGGAUAUCACAACGCCAAACGCGGUGCAAUUGAGAUAUUUCUAGGCCGAUGUGAACACCUGUGGUUUGAAAGGAAGCGAGUCAAAAUUGAUACGAAGGUUUACUGCGAGGUAAUGGACGUUGGGGAGCAGUUUGACAUUAUGGACACUGAGGAGGAGACAGAGGAUGAGGAGAUUGACCUGCCAUUGCCGGAUGCACAUCAAAAUGCAGUGAGAGACGAAACGCCUCCGCUGUCCGCUUUGGGUGGUCAACAAGCGAUGGAGGAAGAUGUUGGCGGCACUAUCGCGAGUACCAGGCCCGAUAAUGUGAUGCGUGGAACAACGCCGAAAACAGGUGGUGCAAUGGAAGGCAGCACAUCCAAGUGCGGCAUGAAGGAAGCUACCCCARGAUUCGUUUCACUGGUGAGGAGAGUUCGCAAUGACAUAGAAGGAGCGGUGGACGRCGAGACUCAAAAUGUUGCGCGUGCAGACAAGGAAUCAGUGGACAACCCAKAUGGGAUGGACAUAGAGGAUGAUCMCCUCUUUCRCAUCCYGGRCGAYGUCCCCAAACAACUUGCACCGGGUGAUAAUAUAUCAUAUGACAUGAAGGAGAUGAAAGGAGGACCUCACUUUCUAGAAACRAAGUACAAAGAGUCAUAUGAACAYGACUGGGGGCAUCACAUCAUAUGGCAUCCAGSUCUUUUCGAGCCUUGUGUGAUWGAUGGCAGAUGGCACAUGGYUAUCCAAAGAGGUGGRAAAUSGGGGUUCAGGGAAAGAGUCCUCWGGAGCAGGUYUUAUGAAAUCGCAAAGGACAACUUGUCUACCCGCGUGAAGCAGGCAAACAGAGAGGCGCCAGACCAMAAAAUAUCRGACAAAGUGAACUCGUUAUUCRAAUUCCUGCGUGAAAAUYACCUUCUCGAGUAUUGCGCUGCRUUCUACGACAARAAAUCGAGUCCAUCGUAUGAAGCYGUCAUAUGGUCUUUGGACUACCGUGCAACGGACUGUAUGUACGACAACGACAUACUUGUGGGAUGCAGUCAAGGCCUUGAGGGACACACGKGUGCAAGGAAGAAGAUCAAUUCAGCAGMAGCAGGAGGUGGUGGCGAGAGUGUGGCAGACAAGGAAGGGCAUCUCAGGAUGCAAAACGCAAUGGGAGACGAGUUCAGUGAGYRGCCAUCGAGCACACCGCAACCAACACUUACACCRUCKGAUGGCAUCASUGCAGUGGGAGCCAGGAGUGSGACAACACCAACAGCAGGCGGGGAAGUUGUUGGCGAUGACGGGAAGGACGAAAAGAUUGAAGAGGACCAGCRACAAAAAGCAUCAGACGAAGAAGGGCCAAAAUUCCAGGCACAUGAGGUAGUGAAGGCGGUGGCAGGGAAUGUYGAUUCGCAUUCCAAGMAGUCACAAGGAACACACGAUACRACUGUCAUCACUGCACAGGCGCAAGGUACCGACGAAGACACCAGGGAGCAAAGUKCACAUGAGAAAGAUGGGGGGGAAGGACAAGUGCUUAUGGAAUGCACUGGUSCARGAACGCAAAUAGUUUCRGAGUCAACAAUGGGAGAAAGGAGAGCUGACGUGGAGRRUGUCAGUGCGGCAGAGCAUGAAAAAGAGUMAGAGUGACAGACGCCGGAAAACAAGAUGGCGCAAUGGUUGUCGCCCCCUGUCUACUCUAGUGGUCCGGAGAUGCCUAUAGACGUAGGGGAAGGGGUAUCUGUUGUUCUCCGAGAAGAAGAAACAUGGAAAGACCUGGAGCCAGCCUACGAAACUGUGAUGCUGGACGAAAAGGACGCGUUCCUCUGGAUAGAGACGGUUUGGACCAAGGUUAGCUUGACGAGACUUUCACCAAGCUUAAUGGACCUAGAGUUCCGGGGGACGGUGGAAACCCGAUGGUGGGUCUACCUAUCCCAGGACCUGGAAAACGAAGUGGUAAUAGGGCUGGUCCUGGGCACGGCACCGAGUCAAUUGUUUAGGCAAGCGGAACGGGAAGUGGUGUGGGCGGCAUGCCAGCGGGCAGAAAUGGAAAUUGAUAAGAUAGAGGUGCGGGUGGAACUUGGGGACAGGGGAAAUAUGAGGCGACCCCUUAGGACAAUGAGACCAAGAACUGGUGCGCAGAUGGCGCGAAGGCGGGCGUUUCUUGAGAAUCGCCCCUUAGGCAUCGAGCCGCCGAGGGAAGUACCGGGUGGAAUAGAGGUCAGUCUGCCGGCGGCAAGCGAGGGUUGGCACCCGGUGGCGGAUUGGGGUGGGGUGGAACUUGUGGAAAACACGGUUUACUUAGUAACGAGGGUUGAGUGGCGCGCGGAUGAGAAUGGGGAGUGGAACCCGGAUCCGCGGGGGCAUGUGUGUGAGGAGGGGCGAUUGUAUAUGUCUGUGGAUGGGUGGCGGGAGUUUGGAGUUUUGUUAGCGUCAGGGGAGGAUCCGUCAGAAAUGUUUGAAGGGGCAUGUCAGCUUGUGUGGCAGGCAGGGUUUGAAUUUGUAGAUUCGGAGCAGGAUGAGGUAACGAUGGACCUUAGGAUAGCCAUGGCCGGGAGCUUUGAGCUGCCUUGUGAGAAUGUGCGGAUGAGGCUGCCACCCUUUCUGCCAAAAAGAUUGGGCGGCGUGGAACUUGUUAGGAGGGCAGUGGCCGACCUUGCCAACUUGACGUAUGAGGACGCGAUGGUAUAUCGGGAAUAUUAUCGGGCCUUCCUAGAAAUGGGACUGUUCAGCGGAGAGUAGAGGUAUGAGGUGUUGCGCAUCCUGCGUUGUGUUUACCACUAGAUCUAGGGUUCCGAUCGUCCGCAACGAAGUCUUGUGGGGUAUCGUACGACGGGAAAUAAGUCAAGGAAUGGCGUACGUAGAUGACAUGUACCGAUUAUAUGAGCCUAUGGAAGUAGGAACAAACCGGUAAGAGGGCUAAUGAAUAGGGGAGGAAAGAGGACUCAAGCUAAGAACCGGGGGGUUGUUCAGGCAGGGGCUGAAGAUUGAAUGAAAUAAGUAAACUCGC